AUGAGUUUCGUCCCCGUCAACCCGCGGCCCAUGCUGCAAGAGCUCGUCAGCAAGCCCGUCUUUGUGCGCUUGAAAUGGGGCGAGGUCGAGUACAAGGGCACGCUUGUGUCUGUCGACAGCUAUAUGAACCUGCAGCUGUCUGGCGCGGAGGAGUACAUUGACGACAAGCCCACGGGGUCUCUUGGCCAGGUGCUGAUCCGGUGCGUUGAAUUUCGCCUUGUGAAGUGGUUCUUUUAUGCUAACUGGAGUGAUGGUAGCUGUAACAAUGUUCUUUGGGUGAGAGGUGCAGAGGGCGGUGACGCCUCCAUGACGGGUUAG